AUCACGAGUAAACUACCAUAAAUAAGUCUGAAUGUAUAAGUAGUAGCCUGCCAGGUCUAAAAUAACCUGCAGUCUAAAUCAAAGGUUACAAAAUUUAAUGGGAUAUUCUGUCCACUUCAGGCAGCACUGGGCUGGUUUAUCAAGGAAAACAUAACUAACAUGUUGGUUUAUAAGGUUGGAACGCGAAUGCUCUACUUGAGCAUCCUUUCACAUAUUGGUUUUCCGAUCUACCAAAAAGCAACGGCAUAUAACACCAAUCAACUAUCUCCACGUAACAGCCCAUCUCUGCGCCCGGUCUACACAGGGGAUUGUCCCUUCUUCAAGUCCACGCACAUCGGUGUCCGUGGCCAAUUCCCCGGCUACGUCCAGUUCAAUUUAGUACACACCGAUAUCAACACUACCCGAACGUUUCGAGAGGCGGCACACGAUGCCAGCGCAGCUAUACAAGGCCGCGUCGUGGACCAUUACGUCGCGAACGUCACUGCUUUCGCAAAAGGGUCUUGCUUGAGCGUGUGCGGCAGUGACUUUAUGGGGUGUCAGGGGUGCUCCGAAAACAAGCUAGAAUUACAGGUCACACCGCCUCUUCCUAAUGGUUCAAUGUAUCUCGCUCUCGAAGGCCCUACGACUGCUCUCUUAAUACCACAGCACUACUACGUAGUCGAGUUAUAUUGCGUCCUGAAGGGGAACAACAUGAACUUCGUAAAAGAUAUGUACCAGUGGCCUGACGGAUACAGUAAUAUUACCCUCGUGUCCACUUGUGAUUUUAACCACGUGAGACCCGGUAAGGAGUACAUCUUCCUCAGUUCGCACCUGGAUCUCAGCAACUUUAAACUGGGAUAUGCGUUUGAAGCAACGGAGGAGCGCCAGCGCGUGCUACGCAAGCUCUGUGACUACCAUAGGACACCCGUUGUGAACCAUAGCUCAAUGUCUAACUUCAGGAGGUGUGCCACGACCAAGAGACCCGGUGAACAGAGUAUUUCAUGUGAUGAUCUUGACAAGAAAAGCCAGGGAUUGACCGCCCUUCCAACUCUGCUUAACAUGACAUUAGCGGUUAUAUCAGCUAUAGUGGUAAAGCGUUACUUUUAAAUAGAUAGCAAAAUUACGUUCUAUAACUCCUGUCCAUCGUCUUAUUCUCAAAGGCGUCGAAUUUAUUUCAGAAACUGAUGCUUAUGAAAACUUCAAUUCUAAAAAGUUAUGUGUUCUCCCACAAAUAUUGACAGUUAAGAUAAAGAUUUGAAAGAGAUAUAAAGUGACGAGGCCUUCGAUUAGAGGCAAACUAAUAUAUAUAUUCAAGAUGGCGAAACCGAGUACAGAAUCACCGAUUCAGUGGAGAAAAGACUUUAAAAAGUGUUGGAUAUUAAACUUUUUAGUUCUAUACACUUAGGCCUACGUUUGGGUUACAUCCUUUAUUGAAAUAAGAUAUAGUCUAAGAGCGUUUUAACUUUUUAUUGCACUUUUUUAAUUUUCAAAAAUAAAGACGCUUACGGAUUGGGAUGAAUACAAAUUCUGAUCACAACUUCGAAUUUUCCAAAAGUGAGCAGAAGUUCGAAAUAAUUAUUUUCCCUCUAAACAUUAAAACCAUACAAUGCGCGUUAGACGUUAAUAUGGCAAAAUACAUUCGUCACUAAGUUUCAGGUAUAUCCCGGUCAAAACUAUUGAAAUAAUAUUUUUUCUAUCUACACGCAUACACCUGUAUGCCAAGUCCGAAUUUCUCGUUUUCACCAAUCUCUCUUUCCAUUAAGAAAGUGUCUCAAAAAUAAAGACAAGUUAAUGGAUACUAGGUAAUUCAGUGAACGGUUUUGGAUAGAGUAUACGUUGUUGAUUAAGGAAAAACAGCGUAAUAUACAGAACAGGCUUAUCUACAGGAACAUUUAAAAAACUCUUUUCAUUUUGAUCCAUACUCACUACUUCUUAAUCAAAACUGUAGCAUUUAAAAUAAAUUGGACGGCAUUUUUCGAAAUACGCAUUUAGAAACACAACACCACAGAGAAGGCAAGACAGUUUCUGAAUGAACAAUUUUGGCUGUAGGCCAAGGUCUGUUGUUGGUUGUACAGCAGUAUACAUCCUGUAUUAUGUGUCAUAUGACGCCGAGAGAAUAUCACAUGUAACAAUUGGAGUGGACUCAGAUUUUGAUUUUUGUUGAUGGAAGCGGUAUGUAGUUUCCGCCUGACAGGACAUCGUGUUACGUCGUCGUCUGCAGGAAAGGAGGCAAUGUUCACGACAAGCCUGUAGAGAGCGCCACAGUUGCGUUCUAACUUUGGCAGUACAGAAACAGAACAAGAUGCAGUUGGCGAGGCCUUGGG